AUUUUAAAAAUGCAAUUAACACCGAGAUUCGAGAAAUUAUACAGAAAAAUAAAAAUGUGACGUGCCGUAAUACGGCACACAAUAAUGUUCACUUUUGCGAUACUGCGCUUCCUGUUGAUGACGUAGUUGUCUUUUUCUUGACUUCAUUGUCGGUUAAUGCUGCCUUCAGCGCGGGAACGGUUUGUAGUGCAGUUCGAGUGGGACGGAAGUUUUUGAACACACACAAAAACCAAACAGAUAUGGAUGCUUCGGAGGUCGAGUUCCUUGCGGAGAAAGAGAUGGUGAAGAUAAUACCAAAUUUCAGCCUAGAUAAAGUCUUUUUAAUCGGGGGAGAUCUGGGUCCCUUCAACCCUGGACUACCUAUUGAUGUUCCCGUGUGGCUGGCUCUAAACCUAAAACAGAGACAGAAGUGUAGAAUUAUUCCUCCUGAGUGGAUGGAUGUUGAGAAACUGGAGGAGAUGCGAGACCUUGAGAGAAAAGAGGAUAUGUUUACACCUGUUCCUAGUCCUUACUACAUGGAGCUUACCAAGCUGCUACUAAACCACGCGUCUGACAACAUUCCUAAAGCAGAUGAGAUCCGUACACUGGUCAAAGACAUCUGGGAUACUCGCAUUGCCAAGCUCCGCUUGUCUGCUGACAGUUUCAUCAGUCAGCAGGAAGCUUAUGCCAAGCUAGACAACCUUACUCUGAUGGAGAUCAACACCAUACGAGCGUUUCUUCUUGAUACUCUCAACUGUAUGUACAAGCUACGGUCCAACUUGCAGUGAAGGGCAGUUCAUGGACUACUGGUAAAAAAGCUUGAACACACACAAGGCUUGCUAAAAAGGGUUGGAUUUAGCAAGACUGGGGUUAAACCUAACAUUAAAGACAGUUUUCUGGAAAA